AUGGAUUCUGUCGUUCUGUUUCUCCUUCUCUCUGCAUUUUGUACUGCUUCAGCUCAACAAAUGGAGUCCAAUGUAAGCCGAGGCACUUAUCUAACACCCGGAAUCAACUCUACAUGGUUGUCACGUUCUGGUCUCUUUGCUUUUGGAUUUUAUAAGCAAGGCAAUGGCUACGCUGUUGGUAUUUUUCUUGCUGGAAUUCCUCAAAAAACUGUUGUCUGGACUGCAAACCGUGACGAACCUCCAGUCUCCAGCAGUGCUACCUUGAGUUUUUCAAGGGAUGGCACGCUUGUCCUGCAAUCGACACCAGAGCAAACGCCAAUCAUCAUAGCUGAUUCUCUUGGGUCUACUUCAGCUGCCAUGCUUGAUACAGGAAAUUUUGUGCUCUAUAAUUCCGAUCAAGAAAUACAGUGGCAGAGUUUUGAGCAUCCGACUGAUUCCCUUUUACCCGGUCAACGUCUCUUAGCAGGUACGGAGCUGUUUUCUAGUGUAUCAGCGACUGAUCACUCAACGGGUAUCUUUCGUCUUAAGAUGCAACAUGAUGGACACCUUGUUCAAUAUCCGGUGGGCACUCCAGACACCUUUGAAUAUUCUUACUGGGCAUCUGGGACAUCUGGACGUGGAGAUAACGUAACGCUAAACUUUAGUCCUGAUGGCCAUCUCUACUUGCUCAACGCUACUGGUGCUAACAUUAGGAAUGUAACCGAUGGAGGAUAUCCUACAAAGGAAACUAUUUAUCUUAUGAGAAUUAAUGCAGAUGGGAUAUUCCGACUGUACUCGUAUGAGUUGAAACAGAAUGGAAACUGGUCAGUUGUAUGGUCAUCUUCCAUUGAUUUGUGUGAUCCCAAGGGUCUCUGUGGAUUAAACAGUUACUGUGUUUCAAAUGUUGUAGGAACUGAAACUAAUUAUAAAUGUGUGUGUCUUCCUGGGUUUGAAAUGAUACACCCGGGGAAUCGGACUUCUGACUGUGGCAGAAGUUUCGGUGCUCCUGGUUGCAACAACAUGAAUGAAUAUAAUAAUAAUGCAUACACCAUGGAGGAGCUGGCUUUAUGGUGGCAUGAUGAUUCGUAUUCUAUUAUGUCUGUGGCACGCAAAGAAGAUUGCAAACAAGCCUGCAUAGAGGAUUGUAACUGUGAAGCUGCACUAUUCGGAGGAGGGGAGUGCAGGAAACAAGGGCUCCCAUUGAGAUACGGAAAAAGGCAGUUGACUAAUUCAGACAUAGCUGUCAUGAUCAAGGUACGUAAGGAUAUGCUGAAAGAAAACGGGGAAGACCGUCGAAUAGACAUUCUAAUUCUCCGUGCUGGAAAAAUUCUAUCUAUAAGCCAAUGCUUUUGGUAUAUGAAUUCACGAGCAAUGCACUCGCAAAUAUAUUAUUCACACAAGAAAAACAACCUUGUUGUGGGAAUUGCUCAUAAAAUAGCAAGAGGUAUCCUUUAUCUCCAUGAAGAGUGUGAGCGACAAAUCAUUCAUGGUGACAUAAAACCCCAGAACAUUCUCAUGGAAUUAUUGAGGGUGUGCAAAAAUCUCUGA